GAUUUGGAAUGCUUUAACUGAUAAUUAUGGUAACGUAAUGCCAGUUGACUGGAAAUCUUCCCACACCAGAGCUUUGCACUUGCCAACACUGAAUCUUUCAGAAAAAGGAGUAAAUGAUAACUUGAACCUUGACCUGUCAGAUGACGAAGAGCUGAGAGAACAGUUGGAUAUGCAUUCUAUCAUUGUUUCCUGCAUCAAUGAUGAACCACUCUUCACAGCAGAGCAGGUGAUUGAAGAAAUAGAGGAAAUGAUGCAAGAAUCACCUGAUCCAGAAGAUGAUGAAACGCCCACCCAAUCAGAUCGGCUUUCCAUACUUUCACAGGAAAUUCAGACACUCAAGAGAUCCAGUACGAACAACAGUUAUGAAGAGAGAGUAAAAAGAUUGUCUGUUGCUGAGUUAAAUGAACUGCUAGAAGAAAUUGAGACUGCUAUUAAGGAUUAUUCCGAGGAACUGGUACAGCAGUUGGCUCUACGAGAUGAGUUAGAGUUUGAGAAGGAGGUGAAAAACAGCUUCAUUUCUGUCCUCAUUGAAGUACAAAACAAACAGAGAGAACACAAAGAAACGGCAAAGAAGAAAAAGAAGCAGAAAAAUGGUAGUCCUCAGAAUGGCAAACAAGAAAGAGGUCAUAUGCCUGGAACACGCUUCAGCAUGGAAGGGAUCUCAAAUGUCAUACAGAAUGGCCUCCGCCACACGUUUGGGAACUCGGGUGGAGAGAAACAGUACUUAACAACCGUCAUUCCUUAUGAGAAGAAAAAUGGGCCCCCAUCUGUUGAAGAUCUUCAGACAUUAACCAAAAUCCUGCAUGCCAUGAAAGAGGAUAGCGAGAAAGUGCCAAGCUUAUUAACAGACUAUAUUUUAAAGGUACUGUGUCCUACAUGAAGAGGGCUGCCUUUCAGAAUUAGCCACGCUCCUUACUGCGAUGAGAAGCUUUCCAUGGAUAUUACUCAUAGUAUUUUUUCAUUUGGCACUAUACCUAAACCAGUAUGCAUUUACCUCCUCUGUGUGUGUGUGUGGAUUUUCUGAUCCUACAGUAAGUCUUCUGGGCAUGACAAGUCAUCCAUUUUAACUUAAUAGUGCAAUGAACUGGAGCAGGGAACAAACAUUGUACAGUUUUACUCGCAUUGUUCUGGCUUUUUAAAGUCUAUUUUUACACUGUAUAGCAUGUAGUAAAUCCUCCUGCACAUUUUGUUGUUGGAAGGAAAAGUAAACUUUGAAUAGUGUAAAUAAAAUAAGCCUAGUUUUAAGGAAUCC